UGUCAGCCAGGGACUGUGACAUCACUGAAUGGACAGGUCAGAGAAGGGGGUUCUUGGGGCCUCCACCAGGGGAGCUGGCCCCUGGCCCUGACAAGAUGGAGGACCCCCGAAAAACCACGGCAGCUGGGAGCCACGAGAUUUGAGGCGGCGGGACCUGUCAACAGAAUGUGUCCUCCCCCUGCAUGCGACCCCAAGGCCACCGAGAUGAGCGCUACGGCCGGGCCCUGGCAAGCGCCCACGUCUCACUAGCAGGAAGCCCGCUGGGCCGCCAUGGUGUACUAGCCCUGAAGAGCCGCCCGCAACCUCAGGUCUGCACAGACCCGGGAUUUGCACGGCAGCAGAGUCACCGUGGAGAGGCCAGGGUACCACAAACUUAUGGAUUUUGACAAGAAAGGAGGGAAAGGGGAGUCGGAGGAGGGUCGGAGGAUGUCCAAGGCCGGCGGCCGGACCAGCCAUGGCGUCCGGAGCUCGGGGACCAGCUCAGGGGUCCUGAUGGUGGGACCCAACUUCCGGGUCGGGAAGAAGAUAGGCUGUGGCAACUUCGGGGAGCUCCGGCUAGAAAUUGGAGCAAGUUGGUGUGCUGGCGGGAAGGAUCCCCUAGAGAGCAGGAAGAAUCUCUAUACAAAUGAAUACGUAGCUAUUAAACUGGAGCCCAUCAAGUCCCGGGCGCCCCAGCUGCACCUGGAGUACCGCUUCUACAAGCAGCUCAGCGCCGCAGAGGGCGUCCCUCAGGUCUACUACUUCGGCCCGUGCGGGAAGUACAACGCCAUGGUGCUGGAGCUGCUCGGGCCGAGCCUGGAGGACCUGUUUGACCUGUGUGAUCGCACGUUCACGCUCAAGACGGUGCUCAUGAUCGCCAUCCAGCUGAUCACGCGCAUGGAGUACGUGCACACCAAGAGCCUCAUCUACCGCGACGUGAAGCCCGAGAACUUCCUGGUGGGGCGCCCGGGCACCAAGCGGCAGCACGCCAUCCACAUCAUCGACUUCGGCCUGGCCAAGGAGUACAUCGACCCCGAGACCAAGAAGCACAUCCCGUACCGGGAGCACAAGAGCCUGACGGGCACGGCGCGCUACAUGAGCAUCAACACGCACCUGGGCAAGGAGCAGAGCCGCCGCGACGACCUGGAGGCGCUGGGCCACAUGUUCAUGUACUUCCUGCGUGGCAGCCUGCCCUGGCAGGGGCUCAAGGCCGACACGCUCAAGGAGCGCUACCAGAAGAUCGGGGACACCAAGCGGGCCACGCCCAUUGAGGUGCUCUGCGAGAGCUUCCCAGAGGAGAUGGCUACGUACCUACGCUACGUGCGGCGCCUGGACUUCUUCGAGAAGCCGGACUACGACUACCUGCGCAAGCUCUUUACCGACCUCUUUGACCGCAGCGGCUUCGUGUUCGACUAUGAGUACGACUGGGCGGGAAAGCCCCUGCCGACACCCAUCGGCACGGUCCACACCGACCUGCCCUCGCAGCCUCAGCCUCGGGACAAAGCCCAGCUACACAGCAAAAACCAGGCGCUGAACUCCACCAACGGGGAGCUGAAUGCGGACGACCCCACUGCCGGCCACUCCAACGCCCCCAUCACAGCGCCCGCAGAGGUGGAGGUGGCCGAUGACACCAAAUGCUGCUGUUUCUUCAAGAGGAGGAAGAGAAAAGCAGUGCAGCGCCACAAGUGACCCUGGGGCGGUGGCGCCCUGAACCCUUCUGCCGCAGCCCCCGGGGCGAGCCUGGCCCCUGCCGCGUGGCCUACAGCCAGGACGCAGACUGCAGGGCCGGCCUCAGCCGCCCGCCCCCCACUUGGGGUCACGUCCUUCACAUGAGACUUUGGCCGAAAUUUCUACACCUGUGUCUAGUCCUCCCCUCCAAGAGCAUUAACUAUUUGAAACAAGGAGAAGAGAAACACAGUGGCCACCCUGCCCUGCGCCCCUCCCGCCCGCCUGCUGAAGUGAGUAGUGGGCUGCCCGUGCCGGCCAGCCCGUCCCGUUAGUCUCAUAAAGUCCAGCUUGUCUCCCUCGAUCCAAAGGCCGUUUUCUCGAGGGGACGCUAUGGGCGUUGCUGCCGGGGGCGAGCCUGCCCUGGGCCUCCCCGCACCACAGGGGAAGGCGGGGGUGGGGGCGGCCCCCCAACCAAAAUGCUGCACCAAAGCCUGGGCCAGCGGGCAUAGCCCGCAGGGUUUCCUGCCACACCUGCUCGUGGAGCCGUGUCCAGGGCCCGGGGCCCCGGGGGCGGCCACCUCUUGGCCACUCGAGCCAUGGUCUGUGCCCGGGUGUUCGUGGGCUUGUCGUGUCCGUGCUCCACGCUGCCGGCUGAGCAGCAGGAGACAAGCGCCUUAAAGCCCUGUCCCAGCCCCGCAGGUGUGUCCGGGGCUGGGCAGCCCUGGUGGGAGUGCGGUCCUCUCGGGCCCUCCGGAGGGCCUGUGCUGCCACUCGGGGUGGAGCAGCUGGGGACGGCCUGGCAGCGGUGUGUGUGUCUAGGUCUUGCUUUACACGGUGUACAGAAAUGGCACUUCGGUUUCUCUGACGCUUCCUGGAAGCCAUAGAGUUUAGGGGCUUUUUUAAAAAAAAUAAAGGAAAAUGAAAGCA